GAGAGGAGGGAGAUAGAGACUAUUAGCGAUGGGCGGGCGAGAAUGAGGCGACUCCUGUUUUGCUGUGUGUUUGCUAGCACAACCACUGCUCGAUGUGUCUAAGCAAUACAACUUCAUAGGCAACCAAGAAGCCAGCCUGAUUCGUAUUGUCACACAAUGGACGUUCCAGGGUCAACACAACAAGCAAACUGAAAAAAAAAAAAAAGAUCGUCUGAAUAGCAGUCUUUAGACGCACCGAGGAAAGCAGUGAGCAAGUGCAAUUGCUGGAGUCAGAGGCUGCCAGCUAAUUGGGUUUUGAUUGCUGUAGCAGGAUGAAUCUAUGGGGGAAUGCUGCUGGAGAGAGCAGAGCUGGAACUGCGCUGAAACCUUUGAAGUGGGAGCAAAGCUUCCUAAGAGUUGUUAAGCUGGUGCUGUCCAUGGUGCUGAUGCUGCUUGCGCCACCUACAGUCAAGGCUCAGAAUGACACAGAACCUAUCGUAUUGGAAGGAAAGUGCCUGGUUGUCUGUGAUUCAAACCCGUCUUCAGAUGGAGCAAUCACGUCGUCUUUGGGCAUAUCAGUACGCUCUGGGAGUGCCAAAGUGGCCUUCUCAGCAAUUAGGAAUACCAACCACGAGCCCUCUGAAAUGAGCAACCGGACCAUGACUAUCUAUUUCGACCAGGUGCUAGUAAAUAUUGGAAACCAUUUUGACCUUGCAUCCAGUGCGUUUGUAGCGCCAAGAAAAGGAAUAUAUAGCUUCAGUUUUCACGUGGUGAAAGUGUACAACAGACAGACGAUCCAGGUAAGCCUAAUGCAGAAUAACUACCCGGUGAUUUCUGCCUUUGCUGGGGAUCAGGAUGUUACCAGGGAAGCGGCCAGUAACGGGGUCCUUCUGCACAUGGAAAGAGCUGAUAAAGUCCACCUCAGACUGGAUAGGGGGAACCUCAUGGGAGGCUGGAAAUAUUCAACCUUCUCUGGCUUUUUAGUUUUUCCAUUAUAAGGAGUUCAAGAGAGAGAACAGCAAGGAUUCGGCUGUCCAUAUAGCCAUUAAUGUGGUGGAACAAGAUAUUAUCUCCAACAUCCCUCCCAGAUUGUCUCUGUAGAAGAAUUAAUUAUCUUCUAGGUAAAAUAUUUACUAUGAUAUUGACAUUUCCUUGGGAAACUGCGCCUCUAAUUAGUUUUAGACGACAGUGAUCUUUAGGAUAAAUGAAAUUAUCGACCUGAGCAAUUUGUACCUGUGAUUGUAAAGUCAAUAUCGGAAUUUAUUGUUGGGAUCAUUAACUUUUGUAGUUGUUCUGAGACAAAUACUCGGACCACACAGUUGAUGUGAGGGAAUAACAAAGAGAAGAAUCCAAAUCCUGAAUACGUGUUCUUGCAAUGCUUUCUUUAGUGUUUGUAUAGCCUUAAGAAACGAAUGGCUUCAGUCUCAGUAAUGUAUAUUUUUGGAUUUCUGGACAUGACUGUGUCAAGAAGUGCUUUAUACAGACAAGCAAAAUUUGCACGAUUGGAUUUACCUAUUUCGUUUUGUGUUGUUUGUGUAUUUCUUGAUAUUUUCUUUUCAGGGUGCUGAUAAUGUAAAUUAGGUUGACCAAUACGACAAAGUAUAUAGCUGUAAAGCAAAGUAAAGCUUAUCAAUUAAAAGCUG